AUGUCGCUAUCUAUGUGCAAACAAACAACAAUUUUGCCGCACAUUCUUCAAACUGGGAAAGUCCACUGUAGCCAGCCACAGAGGGAGAAGAUGGUGGUGGUCUUGGGAGCCACCGGGACUGGAAAAUCUCGACUUUCCAUCGACAUAGCCACCCGUUUUCAGGCUGAGAUUGUAAAUUCAGAUAAAAUGCAGGUGUACGAAGGAUUGGACAUAACAACGAACAAGAUUACUCAAGAAGAGUGUUGUGGGGUACCCCACCACCUCUUAGGAGGAGUAGAUCCUAACAUGGAUUUCACAGCUACAAAUUUUUGUAACAUGGCUUCCCUUGCUAUAAAGUCUGUAGUCAACAAUCGAAGGCUUCCAAUCAUCGUUGGAGGCUCGAAUUCAUUCAUCGAGGCACUCAUUGAUGAUAAGGACAAUGAUAAAUUUCGUUCCAAGUACGAAUGUUGCUUCCUCUGGAUGGAUGUAUCGAUGCCUAUGCUCAAGUCGUUUUUGUCCGAUCGAGUUGAUCGAAUGGUGGAAAGGGGAAUGGUAAAUGAGGUAAGAAAAAUGUUUAGAUUGAAUGCAAACUACUCAAGAGGACUUAGGAGAGCAAUUGGUGUCCCUGAGUUGGAUCGUUACUUCCGGGCUGAAUCAUCCUCUGAUGAUAAAACUCGUGCUAGAAUUCUCGAAGAAGCAAUAAACAUGAUAAAAUUUAACACUAACAAAUUGGCAUGUCGCCAAGUGGAGAAAAUAUAUCGACUUAGAGACGUGAAGGGAUGGAAAAUGCACCGGAUUGAUGCCACCGAUGUGUUCAGAAGACAAGGCAGAGAAGCCGACAAGGCAUGGGAGAAUUUGGUGGCGGGGCCAAGCACGAUGAUAGUGAGUAGAUUCCUAUACAAUUUUGGCUCUAUGGAGUAUAGGAAUUUGUGGGCAAUGAGAGGUCCGCUGAUGGAGACAGCAGUAGCAGCAGCAACUCACUAG